CGCGCAUUCUCGAACACGGUAAAAUGGCUUGUUGCAUCAAGGAAUGCAACUCGAGAAGAGACAAAAAUGGAUUAGCAAGAAGCUUUUUUACCCCUCGCACAAAUGAUAUGUUUAACUCUUGGAAAAAUAUUUUGUCUACUAUCAAUAUACAAAUAAAAAAGAAUAGUAGAGUUUGUGAACUGCACUUUAAGUCAGAAGAUAUUAUUAAAGAAGAUGCAUUUUUACAAGUCGAUGGUACAGUUAUCUAUGUGAAAAGAAAAAAUCCAAAAUUACGAGAAGGAGCUGUUCCUUCAAUUUUUCCAAAAACUAUACCGUAUUGUCAGCAGAUAGAACAUAAAAAUAAUAAUAAUGACGUUAUGUCUUGUGAAUUUUCAACUGAAUGUGAAUCAUUAGAAACAAUUUUACAUUCAGCGGAAGAACCAAUUUCUUCUACGUCGCAUGGGAUAAAUAAGGCAUUGCAAAUAGAACAUAGAUAUUUUAUGCCAAGAGAAAGAAAUAAUAAAUUUUCCUCUGAGGAUAUCAAUAUUGCAAAAAAUAUCAAGGUCCCCGCAAGCUAUUGGUUUGCAAACAUUUGUGAUAACUAUAUGAUGUGGACAUGUUGGGCAAAUGAUUUGUCAUAUAUUUUAAGACGAGUUAUUAUUAAAACCGAUAUGAAAGUGCAAGUAAAUAUAAUUAAAUAAAAUAACAAUAUUAUUUAAGCAACAUCAAAGAUUUA